GUAGCGGUGACAGCGACGCUCAGAGACUCCCGAACAAACUGUCAAAAAAAGCAGACAAGUAACGCCAUGGCGGAGUUAGACCUGAGUCUGAGUGACGCGCUGACGGACAGUGUUCCCCAGUCAGGCCCGGAGAACCUAGUGGAGAGGGACUUUGUGGCUCAGCUGGAGUCGGAAGCCUUUGACGAUCAGGUCGGGGAGACGGUGGGAAAGACAGACUACAUCCCCCUGCUGGACAACGACGACCCCAGACCAGACGCGGGUACUGCAUUGGAGAAUGGAGAGCAGGAAGCUCAGGGUGUGCAAAAACCUGGUUGUAAGCUGACCGCAGGGGGACCGACAUCAGUUUUGCGCCCGGAGCCACAGGGAGAGGUGCGGAAACACUCACUGGACCAGCAGCAGGCCUUGGCUACAGACUUCUUAUCAGCCUCCAUGGCAGGUUAUUCAGAUCCUCUGGGCUCCCAGACCAGCUCUGCCCAAAUGAUGGAUUCUGGCCUAAUGGGAGCUUUUUCAGGUUUCUCCCAGCCUGCAGGAAUGGGGAUGAAUGUGGAGGUGGGUGCAGCCCCCCUCUCAGCAGAGAGACCUUCAAGUAUAGCAGAACCCCAGCAGCCUACACCCCCAGCAGCAUCAGACGCUCCUAAAGAGCACAGCCCCAUGCUGCCUGAACCCCAGACUCCUCGCAGCCCUCUGGAUCUGUCAGAAGGUGCUUUAGGCGACUGCUGGCCAGACCAGGCUGGCUGCCUACCGACAGACCUCCCUUUCACUCCCAGUGUCUCCGAUGUGAUUAAUCGCCAUGCCAGACAUCUCGCAACCACCCCCGAUGACCCACCUGACAGCUGGCCCAGUCGUGAGAGCACCAGCUAUGCUGGAGGUGACGAAAGGGAGGGAGAGGGAUCAGACCGAAAACAGAAGAAGAAGAAGAAAAGGCGACAGAAAGAUGAGGGCCAUGAGCAUGAAAGCAAAGGCCACCCUGAGGUGCAAGCACAGGGAGAAAACACUCCCCCAACAGAGGAGUUCUACCAAAGGAUUGGCCCAAGGCGUGAUAGAGGAGAGGGGGGCUGGGAGGAGCAGAUUGGGAAGAGUGCUGGCCGGGGAAAGAGGGGUAAGAACAGAAAGAAGAUCCCUGAGGAGUGGGCAGUGGUGGCAGAACCCUCUGUCCCUUCAUCCACAGGGCCCUCUGAAAUUACAGAGGAAGUGAUAAUGGAUCAAGGGAGUCCAGCUCAGGAAAGCCUGGAGGCCUCCGUUGAAGAUAUGGACACCAGCCAGAGCCCUUGGAAAAAGGAGGUCCACCCAGAAGAAUGCUUGGUAUCUUCUCCUAUGUCUCAGGACAUAUUCUCCCCUACAUCUGCUUCCAUUAGCCCACUAGUCCUGAACAGCGAGCUGAAAGCUACUGCAGCUCCGUUCACUAUGCCUUCCACCACCAGCACUGGAAUGGUUGGUUCCUUCCCCAUGGCUCCUCGCCCUGAUGAUCCAUUUGACCUCCUGAUGGAGAGUGAAAAUGCCAGUCUGGGCAAUAGCAGCCAGGCUUUUUCUCCACCUUUCUCAUCCCAAAAUGAAGCAGCAGUUGGUGACAUGGUUGACAGCGGGAUGUUUGACAACUCCAGCUCUUUCCAAGAGUCUUCUGUGCAAGUCAUGCCUGAAAGUGACACCUCAGCUUUUAGCCCUGCCUCCCAGACAAGCCCGGGACUUCCAACAAAAGGUGAGGUCUUAGCUUCAGCUCCACCUCUUUCACCCUCAGAUUCUUCUUGGCUCCUGAACGAAUCCCACAUGAGCAGCAACAGCGAGCUAUUUGACUUCAGUGACAUGAGCACUUCAGGUCAUCCUUUACCCUUAAGCCUGGCCUUUGACACACCAAGCCCAGCCCCUCUCCGCUCCCCCAAAACUACAGCUCAGGAAUUCCAAACCAAAGAACAAAAAGAUGCCAAAUCAGCCCAGAAACAAUCUAAGAAGUCUCGUUCUUCAUCUUCUUCCUCCUCUGUAAAGAGUCCUACCUCCCCAGGGGCUAAGAAAUUCCCUCCACAGGAAUCCCCAGGUAUCAGCCCCUCUUCCCCUCCAUCACUCAGCCCUGUAGGAACUCCAGGAUCUGGUCUUAACCCUGCAGCUAAGCCCUUCUUUCCCAGCUUUGCUGAUCCCAUGGAAGAACCAGCUGUGGCCCCUCCAGUUGCCCCCACUGAAGUAAAAUCAGACAAGAUGGAGAAGGCAGAGAAGAAGGACGAGAAGCUGGAGGACAAUAUAAAGACGAUGGACCUGUUUGACACCCUGGAUAAAGAUGAGCAUAAGAGCGUGAAAGUUGAAUUUGCAAACAGCGAGACUCCAGUUAAGGUGGAGAAAGAGGCUGAGAUAGAAAAACAGAAAGAAACGGAGAAGGAGAUGGAGAAAAUAAAAGAGAAGGAGAAAGAGGCAGAGGCAGAGAAAAUUAAAGAGAAGGAGAAAGAGGCAGAGAAAAUUAAAGAAGAGAAGGAGAUGGAAAAAGGAAAAGAUAAAGAUAAGGAGCAAGAGAAACAGCCAGAGAAGGCUGAAGAAAAAGCAAAUGAGACCGAAAAGGUGAAAGAAAAAGAGACAGAAAAAUUGGAAUCAAUGCAGCAGAAGACAGAAAAAGAUGAUAAAAUGAUCAAGGUAGAAGACUCACCAGACAAAUGGGUGAAGACAGAAUACGUUGACAAGACAGAAAAAUCAGUUAAAGUGGAGAUGACAGACAAUGUAGAGAACAAAACUGGCAAAGCAGAUAAUAUGGAAAAAAUGGACACAAAUGAAAAGCCCAAAAUGGAAGACAAAGCAGAGAACAAAAACACAGAGACGGCUGAGAAAACAGAGAUGAAGGAUGACAAAGAGCAGCACAUUGACAUAGUGGAAAAGACCCCAGAGCAACAGCUGACACCCGUCAAGCUUGAUACCAGUUUUGACAAGCCAGCGAUGAAGGCUGACAUGGAGACAAAGGCGGCAGAAAACGUGGAAGAAACCAAGAAAGAGAAGGCUGACACAGACACAGCCAAGAAGACAGAGAAAGAGGACAUGGUGGAGAAACCUUCAGAGAAACCUUUAGAGAAACCUUUAGAGAAGCCUGCAGAAAAACCAACACAAAAGAACGAAAAGGAACAGAAGCAGGACAAAAUGCAGGGUGAAAAAAAGACGGUAGAGAAAAAAGAUGACAAAAAGGACAAGGCCGCAAAGGCAGAUGGAGGAGAAAAGGCCAAAAAGGCAAAACCUGCAACUAAUGGAAGCAGCGCAACACCAAGCAAAGACCUGGCAAAGACCAAGCCUGCUGCCGGGGCGACCAAACUGAGCACCGCUGCCAAAUCACGGCCGAGCACUGCGGGUGCCAGUGUUGGUUCAGCCUCAGCCCCUAUUAGGCGCCCCACACCCUCCUCCACCACCUCCACCUCAGACAAAAAACCAACCACAGCCAGGGCACCAUCCACAACCGCUGCUGGCCUAAAACGGCCCUCCACCACCUCCACCAGCCGCCCCUCAUCCGCUCCCACUACACGUGAGGUCAAACCCAAGACAACUGCAGAGAAGCGCCCCCUUGUGCCAAAGAGCAGCACUACCGCCUCGAACCUAACAGGCUCCACCGCAGCCACCAGAAAUGGAACGGCUACAGCGGCCAGCAGAACCGCUACAUCAAUGCGCACAACGGCGUCCGCUCGCACUGCUACCACCACCGCAGCCAAAAAGCCUCUGGCCUCUAAGACAGAUAGCAAACCAGGAGAGGAGAAGAAGACCAGCACUCUGAGGACUUCUACAGCUGACUCUACCAAGUCCAAGACCACCACCACAACCCGCAGCUCUGUUACCACCACCGCUGCCUCUCGCACCCGAACCGCGCCAACCAAACCGGCCACGCCCUCCUCCACCACCGGCUCAGUACCUGAGAAGAAGCCCCCGGUGCCCCGCGUGCCCCGCGUCGCUUCCUCAACCACGGCUUCCACCGCCGCUUCGAGGACCGCCACGGCUCGGCCCGGCGCGGGGGCGGCCCCCGACAUCCGCAACGCCCGCUCUAAGAUCGGCUCUACGGACAACAUGAAGCACCAGCCCGGAGGAGGGAAGAUUCCAUCUGCCUCUCAGAGCAGGGGCGUCGCCUCCAAAGAAACAAGCCAGGGCAAAGUGCAGAUACUCAACAAGAAGGUUGAUCUGAGCAAGGUGACGUCAAAGUGCGGCUCCAAGGACAACAUCAAGCACAAGCCUGGCGGUGGCGUCGUGAAGAUCGAGUCCCACAAAAUGAGCUUUAGGGAAAAGGCUCAGUCCAAAGUGGGCUCCAUGGACAAUGUGAGCCAUGCGCCUGGCGGAGGAAACAUUAAGGCUGAGGGGGCCCAGGAGACAACAGAGGGGAAUGAGACUCCCCUGAGUGGCACCCCGGCCCCAGCCCAAGGCUCCGAGCCAGGGCAAGGGGGGAGCCCCGCUGCCCAGGAGAAUGGGCUGAAGGAGGGGGCUCCCUGUGAUAGUGAGGGCCUCCGGGAGCCCCAGGUUCUGGACUCACGCAUCCCAGAGACAAAUUGAGUCUUUCAAGCUCAACUUCCGCGAGAAUGCUCGCUCUCGCACGGACCACGGCGCCGACAUCGUCACCUGGCCAGCCCCCCAGGACAACAACCGACCCCACCCACACCUUUUCUCCUAUUCUCUACACCAACACCACCAACAACAACAACACCCGACUCCACGCAGUAUCUCCCUCUACGAGUCGUUGGGUUCUGCGGGUUGUGUCAGCUCCCCCUCUGCCCCCUCCUUGCUGCAUCUCCAGGGGGAGGUCCAGGGGGACAACAGCAGCCCCUUAAAGGGAUCUUGACCUUUCUUGACCCUAUCAAGCUCUUACACCACCAUCCCCCCACUUUUAUCUUUAAGCUCUAAUUAAUUAUGACUCAUCUAAAAAGAUCUGCCACUCUAGUAUCAUGUUGUCAUGCCUCUUCAUCGUCAUGCACCAUCGCCCUCAUCGUCGUUGCUAACCCCCCCCCCCACCUUAAAUAUAUUUGUCUGAAGUGACUGUAUAGACUAAGACUGGGCCUCUGUGGGAAUCUACGAGAAAGGAAAUGAGCAGAAGACGGAAGGUUUCCUCACUGUUGGUUACCCACGGCCUGGUGGCGGACCCUUGUACCCUGCGUCAUCCCGCCUCCACACCCCUGCCCAAAAAAAAACAGUAGAUCAUUUGUCAACUGAAUGAUGUGGAGAUCCCCCUCUUGGAUUAACCCAUGGCUCCUGUCACACAUACACACACAUACAUUGCUUCUCUUUUCCUUGUGACUUUUAGGGGUUGUUUGUUCCCAAUAACCACCGACUCUCUGCUUCCGUAACAUCAUAGUAAUUCACGGUCCACCAUCUCAUCAUCUCCUCUUCUCUCUUCACUCUCCAUUUUAGGAUCAAUCACUCCAUAAACAAGCUGAUACACACACAAAAAAAAAAAAACAAAGCUAGACAACGAGUAGUCUAUUUGAACCAUUUUAGGCUGUUUAACUCUUUAUUCUCUGUGUUUGUGAUGAUGUGUUUGAGUGACAAACUUUGUGUAAAAAUGAGCUUUCGGUGUUCUGAUCUGAUCUUACUUUCUGUCUUUUCUCGAAUUUUCUUUUCCCUCCUAGUUCUUGUUUUUAAUUUUCAAACAAGGUUUUAAUUAUGUAUGUAUAUUUCUUCCUGUAUAAGCAAUACAGCAGUCUUUCUUUUUCCGAUAGCAUUCAGAAAAAUCAGAAAAAACGCACAGGUUUCUUGUAAAAACCAAGGCGCACACAGUGAAGAAAGAGAUGACAUACAGAAGGAGGAAGAAUGUGAAAAAGGAGGUGUUGCCAGAAGGGUUAAAAAAAGAAGCGUUUUUCUGAGGUGUGUUUUACGUUUACGGCGAAGUAGCAAAAGUUACGUGGAACCUGAAGGUGUUUGAAAUACGAUAGAGAGAGUCGCUUAAGUGGAUAGGCUUUAACCGAGCGUGCAGUCCAGAGAGGAGAUGAGGAAGACGUUUAAAAUGCUGCAGAUACAUAAAAUGUCUGUGAAGUUAAAAGGAGCUGUGUGUCUCGUUUGUGCCUCCUGACCUUUUUACCUGAAAACUGCAGUAAACGAGGACGAUGCCUAAAAAUCGCUCAGAGAAAGAGAAAAUCACUGUUGAGGAAAUGCAGCUCGGCGUUUUAAGAGGAUUCUGUAAAUCAAGGUGUCCUGGUAGUCGUUUGUAGCCAUGGUUUUUGUCCCAUUUCAGGUGUUUCUAUUAGGGUAAUGGUAGCAUGUUGUUUGGCAGUUGACAAAAGCUUUCAGCUGAAUACAUUUUUUUAAAAACAUCUCCGAUAUGUGUUCAGCUCUUUUCUUGUUGGCAGUGGAACAUGUGGCUUAUUCCUCUUCUCUCGUAGCAAUGUAUUCAAACUGUUGCCUCCAAUUGCCUUUUAUAAUGCAUGGCCAGAUAAUAUAAUAUCAUGCCCAGAGCUGAAAGCCUAUGUGCAUUAUGACUCAAGUGUUGUGGUUUGGUACCGUGUGUCUACCCCCUGGGGCGAUCUGUAGCGGUGAUGGGCAGGAAGAAAUUGUUUCCGCAGUUUCACCUCUUAAUUUACUUUUAGUUAAUUCUAAACUAGGUGCAGGCGACUCCAUGGUUCAAACUUACAGAGAUGGACUACUCAUGAGAUAGUUAAUUAUUUCAGUGAUCUAUAGCCGAGUAAAAUUGGUUCUGCUCAUCAUCAGCUUGCCGGCCAUCACUGCAUCGCAUCCUCACUCAGUUUUAAAGUAUAGUGUUAUAACAAGGGCUGGGUAUCAUUUCAAAAUGUUCAAUACCUGUGCUGAUUGCUUGAGUACUGCGAAUGAUACAAAAACAAUAAUUACCAAUAUCUUAGUCUUGCAGUAAUUGUUUUUGUCCACUUGGUGGCAGUGAAACAAACACUGAUAAAUUAUCACUUUAUAAAGGAGUUUUGUGUACAUGCAACAUGUUAAAUAAAUAUUGAUUAUAUUAUUGAUUUUAGCUCUAACUUUUUCUCUACAAAACCCUUGUGUCAUUUAAGAAAAGAAGCCAAACUUCUCAAAUGCUACACAAGCAGCCACACAAAAACUUAAAUAAACACAAUUAUGAAUCAGGCUGACUAUUCAUUGCAAGCUUUUCACUUUUAGACACUCAAUGCUAUAGACACGUUUCAGACGGUGGCAAAAAUACCCAGCUCUAGUUAUAACACAAAUUUAGUGAAAAAAGGAUACAACGACUGACAGUUUUGGUUAUAUUAUUAUAAGCAGUGCAAACAUCUCCACCACAUAUAUUUUAUUUGAGUAAUGAGUAGAAUUAAAUAUAAUUCCACAAAUAUCAUUGAUAUCAUGGCAAAUACUUUGUCAGAUAUCUAACAAGAUCCCCUUAGAGAUGACAUAACAUCAUUUUUUUAAUUCAAAUUGUCACUUUAAUAAUGAUUGGUGAAGAAGCUUUGACGCGACUAAACUGCACCUUAAUGUUCGAAAAUAUCAAAGAGGGCUCACUGUGAUGGAGUGGUGGUGUUUAACUAACUAUUCAAAUACUCCUCUAUUAGUAAGUGAUCCCAAAUGACCUCACUAUGAAUGAGCUUUUGCGUGAUGACAUAAACUGAGCAAUAAACUGAACGGCGGGACUUUUCCUCUACUAUUGAAAUCAUGUUCAGUUUAGAUUCAGUCAUUAUUUUGUCCGACACAGGAAACCCUUUCAAUUUGAUUAACACAAUACAACCAAACAAGAAAAAUCCUGUUUUUUGUGUUUUUGACAGAAAUGGGCAAUAACUAAUGAAUGUCUUCUGAAAGUGGACAUGUUGGAGAUGUUGGACAAUUUUCUGCCAGUCGAGGACUGAGUCUUGCAAAAAAAAAAGAAAAGAAAAAAAAGCAGCCGUCAUCAAAUAGUUGGACUUCUUUGUUUUUUGUGCCAGGGCUGUUGCCUAGUUCGAUUUCUCCUCGUGCCUGUCCCACAAUCAUGUUUUAGCUUUUGCUUUGACCCCUGGGGGUUUUACUUACCACUACUUAUGAGAUUGCACACAGAUGUAUAUAGAUAUUUUAUUGUUGAUGCUCUCUUAUUGGCCCGAAAAUCAAGAACAAAACAAAGUACAGCGGCAACUUGGGGGGUUUGGUGGGUGGGAGUGGGUGUAAAGGGGGGGGGGGGGGGGGGGUUUCAAGGUUGUUCAGAACAGCUUUUAUGUCCAUGUACCUUUUAAUGGUUUUUUGAAAAGGGGAAGAACAUUUUAUCAUGAUUAUUAUGACUCUUUGUUCUAAUUAUUAGUAUGGCGAAAUAACUGUUGAAAAGGUCCGCCCUUUUCAUUAGAAAGGGGCCGCUGAAGUGAAAGAAUGUCUUUUGAGAUAUAUUGUACUAAAGACGCAACACUUUUGUAUAUGUAUUUAUCGUUGUGUUCCUGUAGCCUCAUUGGCGGUUGUGCUCUCACGGUUGGAGGGGGGUUUUACGAUUUCGGUUUGUGCGGCUUCGCAAACUGGUCCUGGAGUUUUUCUCCGAGGAUUUGAACCCCCUAUACAACAGUUACAAAGCCAGCUUGAGAAUCUCAUAAAACCAGAUUUUCCUCACAGCCCUGUAACAACAUCUUGAUAUAGAAAUGUUUAACUGGCUUCAUAAAGCUUCACUAACUCAAGAGGUUUUAAACAGAAUUCGUCACGUGGGCUGAUGCCUACAUACUAUUAAAACAUGAGCACAAGCCCAGUCUUAAGAGAUGAAUAUAAUGUUCUGAUUAGCUGGUAAACUUUUCUUUCAGAAUACUGUGACCUCUGCAGGUUCAUAUGAUAAUAAAAAAAAGCAAAGCAGACUGGGACUAAAAGCAAACACAACGGAAUCCUGACACUGAGUAUCACACAGUGGACUUGGCAAUUUCUUUAGAAGCAGGCAGUAAGUGUAGAGGUCAAUGUAAAGGCCUGUAAUUUGGGAGUACUGCUGCCCCAGCAUAUCAAUUUCAUAUUGUCCAUUACAUAUGGCACUAAAAGAGCAGCGGUCUGCCCUGGAGAGUCACACACACCGAGACCCUAACACACCCUUGUUUUAAGAUUUAAAAGAAGACUAACUGUAGCUGUCAGGUUUGGCUUGUGUAACAAAAGGCUCCCGCGAUCUAUCCGAGGAGUGUCGUAGAGCUUCAUCUACUGCUGCCACGCUCAUACCAGACAUGCAAGUGUAACACUAGCUAAUAAACACCUAUUGUACCUGCAGAGCAUGCUGAAAAACAACAAUGGGAUGUGUUAGGUAGACUUACUAUGUCAUUUGCAGAACCUCCUUAUUGUUUUAUUUUUGUGUGUGUGUGUGUGUGUGUUUUCUUUUUCUUUUUUUUUUCAUUAAUUUGAAUUUUAUUUUUUGGUUUGGAAAAAAAGUGUUUAUUGUGAUUACUUGUUAAUUAGUGAUGUGAUUAUUAAACAUGAAAUAAAAUGGACUAAAACUCUCAA